AGUUUUUAAAAUUUAAAAGUGAUGUUUAUUUCUUCAUUAAUCGGAUUGUGCUUUUUGCAUGUUGUAAUCGCUCAAAUACCUAUUAUCGGACCAUGUCCAUCAUUCGAUUGUUGUAAAUCACCUCUUAAUGAGACGAUAGUAAAUGAAUCGAAUGGCAUUUGGUAUCUUUAUGGCGGGGAUUUAUUCUUUUUCGAUAAAAAUACAAGAUGUCAAUUUGCUAAUUUCUCGAUGCUUCCUGACAAUUAUAUCUACAUCAACGUUUCACAUUAUGACACUUUAUUGGAGGAAAAUAGAAACUACAUUAUUUUUGGAAACUAUUCAUUAGCCAAUGGAAAUGUCGAUACUGUGAUUUCUGAUUUGAAAUUCCCAUUGCAUUAUGAAAUCAUUCAAUGGACUUCAGAAUAUAUCAUUGUUGUAUCAUGUUCUGAAUGUGGAUUCUUUUCAAAACAAGAUGCUGGGUUGUAUGUCUACAUAAUCACCAAAAGCCAAUCACCACUCUUCACGGUAACAGAUAAAAUAUUCGCAAAGCUUGAAGAAUGCAAAAUUCCUACAGACAGCAUCGUUCAACAUAGUCAAACCAACUGUGGAACAAUUAUAUUGGGAAAUGGAUGUUAA